GAAGUGACUUCUCCAAAAAGUGUCUUUAGUUCAUGGUCACCUGAGCUCCUGGCGGCUCGGCAGCGGUAGGCUUCACGGAUACCCGCCCUCAGCGGAUCCUGCCUGGAGACACAGCCUUCUCCUGCCCAUCCGCUCCGCAACCCCGUACCGUCCAAGGCCCUGUCCUCUUCCUCUUGCCCUUUACUAGUCGCGGGUCGGACCGGGCCGAGCCGGGCAGCCCGGGCGCGGUCCCUGACCAUGGCGUCCCUCUUCAAGAAGAAAACCGUGGACGAUGUAAUAAAAGAACAGAAUCGAGAGUUACGAGGUACACAGAGGGCUAUAAUCAGAGAUCGAGCAGCUUUAGAGAAACAAGAAAAACAGCUGGAAUUAGAAAUUAAGAAAAUGGCCAAGAUUGGUAAUAAAGAAGCUUGCAGAGUUUUAGCCAAACAGCUUGUACAUCUAAGGAAACAGAAAACAAGAACUUUUGCUGUAAGUUCAAAGGUCACUUCUAUGUCGACACAAACAAAAGUGAUGAAUUCCCAAAUGAAGAUGGCUGGAGCAAUGUGUACUACAGCAAAAACAAUGCAGGCAGUUAACAAGAAGAUGGAUCCACAAAAGACAUUACAAACAAUGCAGAAUUUCCAGAAGGAAAACAUGAAAAUGGAAAUGACUGAAGAAAUGAUCAAUGACACACUUGAUGACAUCUUUGAUGGCUCUGAUGAUGAGGAAGAAAGUCAAGAUAUUGUGAAUCAAGUUCUUGAUGAAAUUGGAAUUGAAAUCUCUGGAAAGAUGGCCAAAGCUCCAUCAGCUGCCCGCAGUUUGCCAUCUGCCUCUACUUCAACGGCUACAAUCUCUGAUGAAGAGAUAGAACGGCAACUCAAAGCUUUAGGAGUAGAUUAGUCAAAAAACCAUAAGAUUUUGCUUACUUACAGUUACUGGUAUAAACCAAGCACAGUGCAGAUUUCUUUUACAGAACAAAUCUAUUUUGCAAAAAUGAAGACCAUGAGUAGAUAGUUGUUUGCUAACCCAUGGCUAUUUUGAAUCUUUUACCAAAGAAUGACAAUGAUGCAAAAAUGGGAGCAGUUUAGAUUUUAAUUAGAACUAUUUAGGACUGAUGCUGUGUAAAAGUUGACCUCUUUCCUGCAUGCCAUAGAGAAAUUAUAUUCAUUACUUAUUGUUAUGUUCUAAAUCUUUUUACACUGAAUACAAAAAUUUUGCUAAUGCCACUAGGCACAAACUUAAAGAGACUUGUAAAAACAUUAAAAAUGUAUCAUUAAUUCUGUAUCUGUUGCUUGUUCUUUGUAAGUGAUACAUCUUAUGACCAUAGGGGCGGUUCAGCUGCCAAAUUAUUUUUAAAUGAUCUAAAAGAAGAGUGCUAUUUAAACAUCUGUCUUAAACAAAAAUUGUCAUGAGCUUUUCUUUUCUUUUUUUUCCUUUAGGAGAACAUUCUAGUUGGUAAGUUUAUUACCUUUCAAAAUGUACUUGGCACCUGCCUUAAGAAGCAAACAUAUUGUGUACAUCUUAAAAUUUUUUUAAUUGAUGGAAAAAAAUUACAUUUUCAAGUAAAAUUAAAGCUUCUUAUGAAAAUUAUCCAGGCUCUCUUUUGUAAAGCUUUUAAGAGUGCAUUCGAAUAUAAUUAGCAAAAAUAGACACUGAGUUAAUAACAUUUUAAAGUAAUAAAACAAUAUAUUUUGUUUUCACCCAAGAAUUUCUUCCCAGAACAGAGGAGAUUUUCUCCAUAUGAGUUGUAAUUUAGUCUCUGUUUUUUGAACUGUAUUAAUGUAUAUUGAAGCCCCUAAGUUAAAGCCAUCAUUGUCAAUUAAGUAACACUACUAAAAGACCUAAAUUUUCAAAAAAAAUUAGCAUUUUUUCUUGAUAAAUAAACUACAUUUUCAGAAAUUACUGCUUAAAUAUGCAUUAAUGUAUUAGCAGUAUUUUUUAAGGUGAAAUUGCCAUGGCAUUUAAUGUAUGUAUAGAAAGUGAAUACGGAAGUGGCAGAUUAGUAAGAUACAGAAUUUAGAAUUAGGUUAAUUUUAGAAAAUUAUGUUGUAAUAUAUGGGUUCUAGUAUAUCGCACCAUAAAAAUUCUAUAGAGGAGAUCAGACAGGUAUAACCUGGUUAACUUGGGAUCAUGGACAUUUUCAACUAAUAUUGACAAUGUAAAUAUAUUUUAGGACUAGUAUACAUGUGGCUUAUGAAUUGGUAGAAAGAAUAAAAAGCUAAACUGUAUAGUUUAUAAUCCAUAAACCAUUUUAUAAUACUGAAAGAUAAGGUUUCAUUAUUGGUAGUAUUAAAUACAGUUUUCCUGAACAUUAAUGGGUCAAAACAAUUUUACUGGACUGUGGAACAUUAACCCAGAACUUGUUUUGAUUCUUGGAUGUACAUAAUAAUGCUAACUAACUUUAUUUACUUUCUUGUUUACAUGUGGGGUCUUUUGUUUUUAAAAUUAUUUUGUUAAAAAAAAUCCCAAUAAAGAUUUAUUGCUGUUAA